CCCACUCAGGACAAUGCCCCCUGCAGCCAUCUCGUGCCCAUCACCACUGCCCUGGGGCGGCUGAACUGAGGAGAUGUGCCAGGCUGCACCGGAGGCCCCUCUGCCGAACCCCUUCGUGGCCCCCGUGAUGGCUCCCCGACCUCCCUUCGGCCUCCGCCUCCUGCUGCUGCUGCUGCUCCCCCUACGGCUGCCCUUGGCGGGGGCCCGUCGCUUCUCUGCACCCAACACCACUCUCAACCACCUGGCGCUGGCGCCCGACCGGGGCACGCUCUACGUCGGGGCGGUGAACCGCCUCUUCCAGCUCAGCCCUGAGCUGCAGCUCGAGGCCGUGGCCGUCACCGGCCCUGUCAUCGACAGUCCUGACUGCGUGCCUUUCCGUGAGCCAGCUGAGUGCCCGCAGGCCCGGCUCACGGACAAUGCCAACCAGCUACUGUUGGUGAGCAGCCGGGCCCAGGAGCUGGUGGCCUGCGGACAGGUGUGGCAGGGCGUGUGUGAGAAGCGGCGCCUGGGGAACGUGGCUGAGGUCCUGUACCAGGCCGAGGACCCCGGGGACGGGCAGUUUGUGGCCGCCAACACCCCAAGAGUGGCCACGGUGGGCCUGGUGGUGCCCUCGCCUGGCCGGGACCUCCUGUUUGUGGCCAGAGGCCUGGCGGGCAAGCUGUCGGCGGGGGUGCCACCCCUGACUGUGCGCCAGCUGGCCGGGCCUCAGCCCUUCUCCAGCGAGGGCCUGGGCCGCCUGGUGGUGGGCGACGUCUCCGACUACAAUAACAGCUACGUGGGGGCAUUUGCCGAUGCCCGCUCGGCCUACUUUGUGUUCCGCCGCCGUGGCGCCCGGGCCCAGGCCGAGUACCGCUCCUAUGUGGCCCGUGUCUGCCUAGGGGACGCCAACCUUUACUCCUACGUGGAAGUGCCUCUCUCCUGCCGGGGCCAGGGCCUCAUCCAGGCGGCCUUCCUGGCCCCAGGCACCUUGCUGGGGGCAUUCGCUGCGGGCCCAAGGGGGGCACAGGCAGCGCUGUGUGCCUUUCCCCUGGCCGAGCUGGACCAAAGCAUGGAGCAAGCCCGGCGACUGUGCUACACGGCGGGUGGCCGGGGCCCCCACGGCCCAGAUGAAGCCACUGUGGAGUAUGGUGUCACGUCGCGCUGCGUCACCCUGCCGCUUGACUCCCCCGAGUCGUACCCCUGUGGCGACGAGCACACCCCCAGCCCCAUUGCUGGCCGCCAGCCCCUGGAGGCCUGGCCUGUGCUGCAGCUUGGGCAGCCCGUCAGUGCCGUGGCGGCCCUCCAGGCAGAUGGGCACACGAUAGCCUUCCUGGGGGACGCCCAGGGCCAGUUACACAAGGUCUUUCUCAACGGCUCCCAAGGCCAAGUGUACCACUCCCAGCAAGUGGGGCCUCUGGGCUCGGCCAUCAGCCCAGACCUGCUGGUGGACAGCAGUGGCAGCCACCUCUACGUCCUGACCGCCCAACAGGUGGAUCGGGUACCCGUGGCGGCCUGCCCCCAGUUCCCCAAUUGUACCAGCUGCCUCCAGGCCCAGGACCCGCUGUGCGGCUGGUGUGUCCUCCAGGGCAGGUGUACCCGGAAGGGCCAGUGCAGGCGGGCGGAGCAGCCCAACCAGUGGCUGUGGAGCUACGAAGAGGACAGCUACUGCCCGCGCAUCCAGAGCCUGCUGCCAGGCCACCACCCCCGCCAGGAGCAGGGCCAGAUCACCUUGUCGGUCCCCCGGCUCCCCACCCUGGAUGCGGAUGAAUACUUCCAUUGUGCUUUCGGGGACUACGACAGCCUGGCUCACGUGGAAGGGCCCCGCGUGUCCUGUGUCACCCCUCCCCAAGACCAGGUGCCGCUUAACCCCCCAGGCACAGACCAUGUCACUGUGCCCCUGGUCCUGAUGUUUGGCGACGUGGCUGUGGCCGCCACCAGCUUCUCCUUCUACGACUGCAAUGCCGUCAAGGCCUUGGAGGUGGCUGCUCCGUGCCGUGCCUGUGUGGACAGCCUCUGGCGGUGCCACUGGUGCCCCCAGAGCAGCCACUGUGUGUACGGGGAGCACUGUCCAGAGGGCGAGAAGACCAUCUACAGUGCCCAGGAGGUGGAUGUCCAGGUGCGUGGCCCAGAGGCCUGUCCCCAGGUAGAAGGCCUGGUAGGGCCCCACCUGGUACCCGUAGGCUGGGAGAGCCGUUUGGCCCUGCACGUGCGGAACCUUCAGCAUUUCCAAGGCCUGCCUGCCUCCUACCACUGCUGGCUGGGGCUGCCCGGAGACCUGCAGAGACUGCCGGCCACCCUGGAAGAGACAGCGGGGGACGCAGGCCUCGUCCACUGCCAGGCCCACCAGUUCCACCCCUCCAUGUCUCAGCGGGAGCUUCCAGUGCUCAUCUACGUCACCCGGGGCGAGGCCCAGCGGCUGGACAGUGCCCGCACUCUCCAAGUGACCCUGUAUGACUGCGCCGUGGACCACCCGGACUGCAGCCACUGCCAGGCGGCCAACAGGAGCCUGGGCUGCCUGUGGUGCGGCAACGGCCAGCCCUCCUGUCGCUAUGGGCCAUUGUGCCCGCCGGGGGCCGUGAAGCUUCUGUGCCCUGCGCCCAGCAUUGACGCGAUUGAGCCCCUGACCGGCCCCCCCGAGGGUGGCUUGGCCCUCACCAUCCUGGGCUCCAACCUGGGCCGGGUCUUUGACGACGUGCAGGACGUUGUGAGCGUGGCUGGCCGGCCCUGCAGGCCCGACCCCUCUCUCUACCGCACCUCUACCCGGAUCGUGUGUGUGACAUCUCCUGCCCCCGAUGGCACCACUGGGCCAGUUCAGGUGGCCAUGAAGAGUCAGCCACCAGGCAUCUCGACCCAGCACUUCACCUACCAGGACCCCGUCCUGCUGAGUCUGAGUCCUCAGUGGGGCCCUCAGGCAGGGGGCACGCAGCUCACCAUUCACGGGCAGCACCUCCAGACAGGCGGCAACGUCAGCGCCUUUGUGGGUGGCCAACCCUGUCCCAUCCAGGAGCCAGUGUGCCCUGAGGCCAUCGUGUGCCGCACCAUGCCCCAGGCUGACCCAGGCGAAGCAGUGGUCCUCGUGGUCUUCGGCCACGUCCAGCGCACACUGCUGGCUAGCCCGUUCCGCUACACUGCCAAUCCCCAGCUCAUGGCAGCAGAGCCCAGCGUCAGCUUCCGGGGGGGCGGGCGGCUGAUCCGUGUCAGGGGCACGGGCCUAGACGUGGUGCAGCGGCCCCUGCUGUCGGUGUGGCUGGAGGCCGAGGCAGAAGUGCAGGCGUUGGGGGCCCAGCCCCAGGACCCGAGCCCAAGGCAGAGCUGCGGGGUCCCCGCUGUGGACCUCCAGGCUUGUAUCCAGCUUGGGAGGGGCUUGCUGCAGGGCCGCCGUGCCACGGUGUGCCAGGGCCUCACACAGCUCUCCAACCUCCUUAACAGCAAGCUCUUCCUCCUCACACUCAUUCACACCCUGGAGGAGCAGCCCGGCUUCUCCCAGAGGGACCGUUGCCACGUGGCUUCGCUGCUGUCCCUGGCGCUGCACGGCAAGCUUGAGUACCUGACCGACAUCAUGAGAACACUGCUCGGCGACCUGGCUGCCCACUAUGUCCACAAGAACCCGAAGCUCAUGCUGCGCAGGACGGAGACCAUGGUGGAGAAGCUGCUCACCAACUGGCUGUCCAUCUGUCUCUACGCCUUCCUAAGGGUGAGGGGUGCUGUCCCACCCACCCCAGCCCUCGGUG